GAGCACAUCCAAUUAAUUGCAUUCAUUAAUCUAUCCAUAACCUCAACAAUGGCUGCAAUUCAUCAAUAUUGUAGCUUGUUGAAUACAAUUACAAUUACAUUGAUGCUCACAAUUAUCGCAAAACCAGUAGUAGUAUCAGCCACAUUUCAACCAAGUCCAUGGACUUUUGCUAAUGCCACAUUUUACGGCGACGAGACGGCUUCCGCCACCAUGGGAGGAGCAUGUGGGUAUGGAAAUUUGUUUGUGAACGGGUAUGGGACAGACACAGCAGCAUUGAGUUCAACAUUGUUCAAUAAUGGGUAUGCAUGUGGGACUUGUUAUCAAAUAAAAUGUGUCCAAUCGAAGUUCUGUAACACCAACGUGCCUUACACUACAGUCACUGCCACCAAUCUUUGCCCUCCUAAUUGGUCUCAAGCCUCUGAUAAUGGAGGAUGGUGCAACCCACCACGUUCACAUUUUGAUAUGUCUAAACCUGCCUUCAUGAAAAUCGCAGAGUGGAAGGCCGGUAUCAUCCCUAUUAUGUAUCGCAGAGUACCUUGUGCGAGAAAACAAGGAUUUCGAUUCUCUUUUCAAGGAAAUGGGUAUUGGUUAUUAGUGUACGUGAUGAAUGUGGGAGGUGGAGGAGAUAUAGCCAACAUGUGGGUGAAAGGAAGCAGGACAGGGUGGAUUAGAAUGAGCCACAAUUGGGGUGCUUCUUACCAAGCAUUUGCAACACUUGGUGGCCAAACACUUUCUUUCAAGAUUACUUCUUACACAACCAAAGAAACUAUAUUUGCAUGGAAUGUUGCUCCUUCUAACUGGCGUGCUGGAUUAACCUAUUCUACUCCUAUAAAUUUCCAUUGAAGUGUUGUAUAAAAUGUCACCAUGAGGCUCAUCCUUUUCAUUAUUUGUUUCAAUGCACCACGGUUAUUUGUAUCUUGUGAUGAAUUUUCCAUUAAAGAAGUAGAUUGUUAUUGUCAAGAGAGUUUUUUUUUUUUGUUAGUUUUACAAGGCCGAAAUGUAAACCCGAUAUAAUUAAGAAACUAAUCGUUAUGCACUCA